AUGAAGACUAUUCCUUUGAUUCUAAUGGGUUGUGGUGGAGUUGGUUCUCACCUUCUCCAACAUAUUGUCUCUUGCCGUUCUCUUCACUCUUUACAGGGACUUUUGUUGAGAGUUGUGGGAGUUGGUGAUAGUAAAUCUCUGACGGUUGUUGAUGAUUUAUUGAAUAAGGGUUUGGAUGAUAGCUUAUUGUUAGAACUUUGCAGGCUCAAGCAUGCCGGAGAAUCUCUAUCGAAACUCGCCGACAGUGGACAAUGUCAUGUAUUUGCACAUCCGGAAUCACAGGAAAAGAUUCUAGACAUUGCAUCUCAACUUGGUAAAAAAUCAGGUUUGGCCUUUGUAGAUUGCUCUGCCAGCUCCAACACUAUUUCAGUGCUAAAACAAGUGGUUGAUAUGGGUUGUUGUGUUGUUAUGGCAAAUAAAAAGCCUCUUACAUCUACGAUGGAGGAUUUUGAACACCUUAUGAAAUAUCCACGUCGAAUCCGACAUGAGUCAACUGUUGGUGCUGGUCUUCCUGUGAUAGCAUCCCUGAAUCGCAUUAUCUCAUCUGGUGAUCCAGUUCAUCGGAUUGUUGGAAGUUUGAGUGGAACAUUGGGAUAUGUAAUGAGUGAGGUUGAAGACGGAAAGCCGCUGAGCCAAGUUGUUAGAGCUGCUAAAAGUCUGGGGUACACUGAACCAGAUCCACGUGACGACCUUGGGGGAAUGGACGUUGCUAGAAAGGCUUUGAUUCUUGCUAGAAUACUUGGACGUCGGAUUAAUAUGGAUAGCAUUCAGGUUGAAAGCUUGUAUCCCAAAGAAAUGGGCCCCGAUGUAAUGACCGUUGAUGACUUUUUGGGUCGUGGACUCUUGUUGCUGGACAAAGAUAUUCAAGAGAGGGUUGAAAAGGCAGCAUCAAAUGGAAAUGUUCUGCGAUAUGUAUGUAUCAUUGAGGGCCCAAGGUGUAAAGUUGGUGUUCAAGAGCUUCCAAAGAGUUCUGCUUUAGGAAGAUUAAGAGGAAGUGAUAAUGUGUUGGAAGUAUACACUCGAUGCUACAGUGACCAGCCUCUGGUUAUUCAAGGUGCUGGAGCUGGAAACGACACAACUGCAGCUGGUGUCCUUGCUGAUAUCGUGGAUAUUCAGGACUUAUUUCCUUGA